ACAGUGACCCAGUGUCAGUAUACCUCAUGCGCGAUUUUCUUCAGCGAAUUCCUCUCGAAAAGCGAAAAAAUUUGGUGUUUCGUUCGCCAAAAUCGGACUUUCCGAUGAUAAUCGAUGAAGAUGCCGCAACACAGGCAGUGUUUGCAAGGUAUCUGCAGAUUGUGCGGUGUGGAGAGGUCCAUUGAAAAAGGUCGCCGUCCAAUACAGAAGGAGAAACUGUCUGCAAAUAUUGUGGCUGCUUUGGGUAUUUCCGUUGCUGGUGACAUACAAGAUGUCCAUCCCCCGUUUGUCUGCAAGGUUUGUGAGGGAAAGCUCAAGAGAUGGUGGGUGCAGGUCAAGCACAAAAAGAUGAAAGCGUCGUGCUACAUUACUCCGGUCACCUUUGAGAGAAGCAGUUGCGAUACAUGCUGUAUGUUUACAGGGGAUGCACAAGAAGAAUUGUCCAUGGCUGAUGUGGAAGUAGCAGCCAAAGAUGUCGGUUUGGUCACGUGGCAAGGUCCGGGAUGCCUGCAGAUCAUGAAAAUGUCAACAUCAACCUGCCGCCCUGCGGUUUAUUUAACCAUUUUUCCAAACUCCAGAUGGGAUCUUGUCAUAAGUGGUGUUUGUAUUGCCCGUGAGGAUCAUGCUUGGCUGGAGUUUGGGGAGAGUUUGAGUCAAGAAGAUGUCCGCCGAAUGCUCAAAGACAUAAGCAGCAAGUAUGUCUGUGUCGGAAACCAGGAUUUCCCUGCGUUGGUAGAGGCGGAAAAAGGAGGGAAUGGCCAAAUUCCAGUGAACAUCACCCUGCAAGACUCCUAUGUUGAAGGGACAAUAAGGCACAGGAAAUGCAGAUUUCUAAUUCAAGAAGAGGGCAGAUGUACUGUCUGCCGGGUACACCGAAGCGACCUCAUGGCCAAAACUAGCAAGAUUAAGUCCAAGAGCAACCAGGCCAUUUCUGCCUCCUCAUCCAUGCCAAACAAACAUAUGACGAAGAAGCAGUUGAAGGAUAAAGUGACUCUCCUUCAGACUCAAAGAAGAACUUUGAAACGACGAGUAAAUGUACUUCAGGAUAAGGUGUCAGAUAUGCUGCAUAAGGAAUGUGUGGAUCUCAGUCGCGAACAAGAUGAGGCUUUGCGGGAAGCUGUGGUAACUUCAAAUGAUGAGAUGGAGGGCAUUCUCCGGCCAAAUUCUUAUUCCUCCAUGUAGUGUUUCAGAAAUAUCAAACCGUAGAGGGAGACGUUAACAUUUGAUUUGAACAUUACAUGCUUAUAAAAGUGAACCUGGGGCCAACUGAAAGAUGAUGCCAUUUUCAAGCAAAACAACCUGAUGGGAAGAACACAUGGUUUGCGCACAAGUAGGAGCACAAAACGUUAACAGCAAAGCACGGUGCAGCGCAGUACAAAGUUUUCGAAAUUGUGUGGCAACUUUAUUUUACAACAAGAAUUUUCUUUACUUUUGCUGAAACUUCGAUUUUUGGAACGAUUCAAGGCUGUGUAUCCCGAAGUGAAAAUCGUCAAAUCGUGGUUUGCGCACGCGCAGUUAACUUCACUGCGCAGACCACGUGGACACAUGAACUGAAUAGGAAUAAAUGAAUGUGUAAUUUUACCCAAAGA